AAAAAUAAAGAAAAAUCAUGAGUUAUCCAGGCUCAAGAUAUCAUAAACACCACCCAAAUACACCGAGUUGCAAGAAUAAUUAUGUAUAUUCAGGAUUUGCUUCAAAUAUGGCACCAGAAGCCCAAAGACCUUAUGGAUAUUAUAAUACAGCUCCUAAUACAUCAGUUGUUUAUCAGUAUGGAGUGCCGGCACAUGGAAAUCAAGUGAAUAUGGCAGGGCAAAUGGUCUAUCCAUACAAUUUUCAAUAUUCCAAUUGUUCGGGCAAAAAAAAGGCAUUAUUUAUUGGUAUUAACUAUAUAAAUACAUCUAGACAGCUUUCAGGGUGCAUUAAUGACGUAAAUAAUAUUUCACAAUUUAUUCGAGAACGAUAUUCAUAUCAUAUUGAUGACAUGGUUUUCCUCACAGAUAAUCAAACAAAUCCUCGUUCUAUUCCAACUAAAAGAAAUAUUAUUGAUGCAAUGUCAUGGCUUGUUAAGGAUGCUAGACCGAAUGAUAGUCUUUUUUUCCAUUAUAGUGGUCAUGGAGGUCAAAUAGAUGAUUUUGAUGGAGAUGAAGAAGAUGGAAGCGAUGAAGUAAUAUACCCAGUCGAUUUUAAUCGAGCAGGUUAUAUUACGGAUGACCAAAUGCACAAUAUUCUUGUUAGACCUUUACCUCCUGGCUGUCGUCUUACUGCCAUAUUUGAUUGCUGUCAUUCUGGUUCUAUUUUAGAUUUACCAUUUACUUAUUCCACAGAAGGAAAACUCAAAGAGCAAAAUCUUCUAUCAGAUUCAGCAAAUAAAAUAUUAAGAGAAGGGCCAUCAGCAAGAAAUAUGAUGGGGAUUACUUCAUCUAUUUUUAAAGUAUUUAAAAGAGCUACAGGUUCUGAUAACAGUAUGCAAGCAAAAUAUGCGAAAGCGUCACCUGCAGAUGUAAUUAUGUUUUCAGGCUGCAAGGAUUCUCAAACUUCAGUCGAUACAUGUAUAAGAAACCAAGCUACAGGUGCAAUGAGUUGGGCUUUUAAAAAUGCACUUUUAAAGAUGCCAUAUCAAUCAUAUUUACAACUAUUGAAUUCCAUCAGAUUUGAAUUGUCUCAAAAAUAUGACCAAAAACCCCAAUUAAGCUGUUCUCAUCCUAUCGAUUUAAAUCGUAUCUUUAUUUUAUAAUAACUUAAUUCAUGUAUGACUUAAUAAUAAACAAAUUUAUACC